AUGUGGCGCCGCAGCGGCUCGGCCUUGAGCCAGCGCCUGGCGCUGAGCGAGGAGGUGGCGGAGGCGCUGUACGGGCGCGCCAAGAGGCCCGUGGUGGCGCUCGAGUCCACCAUCAUCUCGCACGGCAUGCCGUUCCCGCAGAACCUGCAGAUGGCGCAGCACGUGGAGGAGAUCGUGCGUGCGCACGGGGCGUGUCCGGCCACGAUCUGCAUCGCCGAGGGGGCGCUGAAGGUGGGGCUGGGCGAGAAGGACCUGGCGCAGCUGGCGGAGCUCGGCGCCGGCGCGAAGAAGUGCUCGACGAGGGACAUCGCGGCCACCGUGACGGACAAGAAGGUGGUGGGCGCCACCACCGUCUCCAGCACAAUGCGCAUUGCCCAUGCGGCGGGGAUCAAGGUGUUCGUGACGGGAGGCAUCGGAGGCGUGCACCGCUUCUGUGAGGAGACCAUGGAUAUCUCGACGGACUUGAUGGAGCUGUCGCGGACUCCGGUGGCGGUGGUGUGCGCCGGCAUCAAGUCCAUUCUCGACAUCCCGCGCACGUUGGAAUUCCUGGAGACCCACAGCGUACCGGUGAUCGGGUACAGGACGGACCAGUUCCCAGCAUUUUUCACGCAGGACAGCGGCGAGAAGGCUCACCUUCGUCGAGAUACGCCUCAGGAUAUUGCGCGUUUGAUCCAUGAAAGCGAGGCACUGGAGCUGCCGAACGGCCACAUCAUUGCUGUUCCUAACCCAAAACCAGUGCCUACGGAGGUGAUUAACGAGGCCAUUGAGCUUGGUCUCAAGGAGGUCGUAGAGAAGAACAUCCACGGUCAGGCUGUCACGCCCUACCUGCUAAAGCGAGUGAACGAGAUUACCCAAGGCGUAUCACUUACGUCUAACAUCGACUUGGUGAACAACAACGCGACUGUCGGGAGUCAGGUUGCGUGCGCUCUGUUUGACUUGGAAAACGGCGCUGUUGUCGAUCCGACUACUAAGACUGAGUAUUCCAUUCCAGUUGCAAAGAAAUCUUCCUCGACCAAAUCCGGCGACCGUAAACGCGUUCUGGUUGUUGGGGGCCUCGUUCUAGAUAUCAUCAGCUCGUCUGCUUCGCCACUAAUCCGCGGCACCUCAAACAUUGGAACCAUCAAGCAGUCCAGUGGUGGCGUGGGAAGGAAUAUUGCUGAAUGUCUGCAUCGGCUCAGGCUGGAUCCUUUACUUGUUUCCUCAGUGGGGAAUGAUGCGCCCGGGUCUGUUCUGUUGGAGAACCUAAAGAAGCUUGGCUUGGACACCAGUGGCAUUACCGUUUCGGACAAGCUUGCUACAGCAGUGUAUUCCGCUGUACUCGACUCAACUGGAGACAUGGACGCUGCUAUUGCGGAUAUGAGCGCGUUUGAGUCGAUUGAGAGUAGCAGCAUCUCGGAUAAAACGAUUGAUAAGGCGAACCUGAUCGUCGCGGACGGCAACUUGACUCCACGAACUAUUGGAGAUCUCUUCAAGCGUAGCGCACGUCUCGGCGUAGACACCUGGUUCGAGCCCACCUCGGUUCAAAAAGCGCUCCAUGUUGUGGAGGGCGACGGCGUAUCUUGGAUGAAGUACAUGUCGCCAAACGCUGAUGAACUGCACGCAAUCAGCCAGGCUAUCCGACAAAAGCUUGAGGACGCGAACGUAAGCUCAGAGAGCACUGAUGAGCGGUUCCCACUAACCAAGGAGUCAGGUAUCAUCCCCAAGGAGGAAAUGACUCAGCUGAAGAACGAUCUUAUCACAGCUCUGCUUGCUAUGGCAAACGGCGACACCAAGCAGUCUAAGCACGUGUUGGUCACUCUUGGCAAGCACGGCGUGCUGGUUGCCUCGAUCAAUGUGUCUAUUCGCGACCUGCGGGAGGUUGUCGACGAAUGCGGUUUUCCUGUUGACAUUUGGGGAAUGCACCAUGUCCACGGAGGCCACUCUGUCACGAUGGUUCAUUUGCCCGGCGUGGAAAUCCUCGUCACCAACUGCACUGGCGCAGGCGAUAGCAUGGUUGGCGGGACGAUCUACGGCUUGCUGGAAGGAUACGACAUUUUCCAGAGUUGCCACAUGGGCAUGAUUGCCGCUCGCCAAAGCCUUGCGUCGGAGCACGCGAUUAGCCCCAACCUGGCGCCGCAAAUUCUGUAUUCGGCAUCUUGAUGGGACAAAAAGCUGGAGCAGUUGGGUUCUCGGAGAGGAAACGCUACUGGAAGUCAAGGAAAACGAUGACAAGUUCUGUAUUACAUGCAGUAAACGUGCAGUAUCCUCGUAUCAACACGGUUCGCCUUUUCUGUUC